AGCGAAACGUUUCACAAAUCAAAUUCAUUUCAAAAUAAAAAAUCAAAAUGAAAACUUCAAUUUUAUUAAUAACGUUUCUUUGUGGUGUUUACUGUGAGCUCUAUACUACAGAACAACAAGUUUUUAUGAAAAACUUUGUCAAGAUAUGCCAGGAAGCUACAAAUACUACAACUCCAAUGCUACAAGAUUUUGCGAAAAGAAAAUAUUCUAACGAUGACGUGUUAAAACAUUUUAUGUUCUGUUUUUAUAAGGGAUUGGGUAUUAUGAAAGAAGACGGUUCCGUAGAUAAAGAAGCUUUCAUAAAGUUAAGUGAAAGCUUAAAAGAUAGUGCUAAAACUGCUGCUAUCACAUGCCUUGACAAACGAGGUGCAAAUGGACCGGAAACUGCUUUUGUAAUAGCGAAAUGCUAUUUGCAAGGGUUGCCAGAAAAUGAAGACGCCAGUGUAAUAUUAUAAAAAAAUAAUUAUUAUCAACUUUCUAAAAAUGUUUAAUGGUUUGUUUUAAUUAAACAAAAUUAA